UUUGGGACGACUUUUUUAUCAAGCAUUUGCUGUUCAACGUUCAUGUAUAUAUAACAGCAUAAGUCAUUGUAUAUUAGCAACACUUUGGCUAGUACAUAUAGUAAGGAAAAAUAGAGAGAGAGAGAGAGAGAGAUUUGUCACAAUGGAAAGUACAAAAAAAGAGUCAUACUUUGUUUUCAUGAACUAUGAUCCAGAAUACGAGCGCCUUCGAGCUGAUAAGGCUAAGAAAGCGACAAACGAGCUUGAUUCAUACCUGAGCCGGAAGCACGACGAGCUGUUGGCAAGCGCACUUGAGCCCGGCAGCUAUAACAAGACGUUGUCUCUGGUCAUUGUUGAUGGCUUUUCUGUGGAGAUUACUGAUGAACAGGCCAAGAUGCUUAGAUCUGCUAAAGGAGUGAGGUUGGUGGAGAAGAAUCAAGAACUUUCUUAAUGUAGUUGUGGUGUUUUCGAGCGGUUUAAGGUGGUACAUUUUGCCUGCCUAUAUAUGAUUUGUCACUUACCUUAAUUAACAGUAAAUGCUGGUGAUAUUUAUCCUUAAAAAAUGUGGAUCAGAAGAAGCAGCUACUAUAAUAUAUAUAUAUAUAUAUAUGUAUGUUUUAUUUAGUUAAUGUCAUCUAGUUUGGAGCUCUCUCUCUCAGCCCCAAAAUAUGAUCCAUCAUAAGGACUCCGGCAGUUCCAUUAUUAAGUUCUAAAAGUUAAUAUAUUUCCAUCUACUUUGUUCUUCAAAUCAAAGUCUGAAUCGGCAAAAAAUCGAAUCCCACUGGUGCUUGUGUAUCAGAGCGCGGUAGCCAGAAGCCAGAGAGAUGCUAAAAAUACCAGUGUUUCUGAUCUCAUUUGAACGAAGAGCCAGCCAAAUUUUUCAUAACUUUUAUUAUUCUGUCCCUUUUUCUUUUGUCUCCUUUCGGUAAGGCAUUUCGUGGUGUCUUAUUUUGUUGUAGGUCUAAUAUAUGUGUUUACAUACAUACAUUCAAUGCAAGCAGCCAUACAUGCAUAUAUAGAUGUAUAUACAUGCA